AUGAAAUUACGAAAUUGCCCAUGCUGUCUACGCGGUGAUCCGGUUCUACAAAAUCUCAUCUAUUCCUUCCAUUGUCAGGACUCCACUACUGCUUCGUCUCACAGAAGUCCGCCUAAGAGCAAAGAAGAUCAUGUUCAAACUCAAUUCCCUCAACUCGCUGCGAGCUCUGAGGGACCUCCACGCCUCCCAAUCUGCCGGCGUCAGAGCGCUCACCACCUGUUCGUCAUUAAUCCUCAAACAGCGGAACCCACUUCUCUCUCUCUCCGUCGCCGUUUGCCUUCGCACCGUCGCACAAUCUGCAUGUCGUUCGAAACUUCUAGAGCAGCCGUGAUUUCAGACCUGGACUGUCGAAUGGAGAGGAUGAAAAACAACUGCAGGAAAGCAGCAAUGGAGACCCGGCAGCAGCAAAUUCAAGUCGAUCUGGGUAAUCUCGUGGUCUCUUAAGUUAUUUUUCUUUACUUAUUCAAUAUAUCUCUAUUUUUUGGUAAUAUUUUUGUGUACUUCUGGGCUUUUUGAAAUGAUUGCUUUUGAGAGAUUAAUUGAAAAUUUACUUUUGGAAAUUGGGAUUUUAUUUGGAUUAAUCCUAUCAGUGAAA